UCGGCCCUAAGGGACUAGUGUAGAUUCAACGUUGGCAGUUUUGUGUUACAUUCUUUAGAAAUGGCGCUGGGGAGACUGAUUGAACUUUAAAAGACCACCCGUGGCGUAAUUACGUGAUAGUCAACCUUGUUCUCAUUGUUUUAGAAAAACUUGUCGAGCAAGACUUUGUGUGCCCCUGUAGAUCUGGAUAUUCGGUAGGAUUUUUCUUUUUGUACUUAGUGAUGCCCCUGCUGAUUACUCUGAAUUUUGGCGUUUACAUGUGGAACUCCAAACUCUGGUCUGAGCCUCAGAGUCAUUGCAAAUGCUUUGGGAAAUUUCUCACCUGUGCAGCUCCAUCUGUUUUUUGGCUGACCUUGUUUUUUGGUGAUGGCAGAUUUGUGGCUUGUUUGAUCACUACACUAAAAGAAGAUCAUGUUGACACCAAUGCGCUGCCUCCGUGGGAAUGGUGUGACAAAAACCGAACACUGACCGAAGAGCAGUAUCAUGUACAGAUAUCAUUUUACAUAUCUAAGAUCAUAGUUUUUAGUGUCAUCGCCAUCAUUUUUUUUGGAGCACUGUUUUAUCAGUGCGGUUGCAGAUGCUGUGAAGAAUGUCAAGCCAGCAGAAUGGAAACUUUACCCUCUUCAGUGCGCAGAGUACGCUGUGUGGCAAAGCGCACUGUGCAGCGUGCAAGCAAAUAUGACUUUUCUGGAGACUCUGUAAGAGUCAGUGAGACUGAAAAUGUGGCUCUGUGUUCCCUCUGUGAUGGUGAUAAAAUUUAUCUGAUUACUCUUAAAGAGGAUCAGAUCUCUAAACUACAGGAGGGAGAGACUUACAUUAUAAACAAUGCCACAGUGAAGGAGGACCAUCCAGUCUCUGAAAUGAUCCUGGGAAAUGAAGCAGGAGUGUUCCGGACGGCCCCACUACAGCUGGAUGAAAAAUUAAUUCAUCGUGCAAAAGAGAGCAUCAAUCCUUCUUCGAGGAGAGCAGGUCUGAAUGAUCCAGGACUGUACCUGAAAAAGGGCUACAUAACCCUGACAGGAAAAGUAGUUUCACUGGGAGCUCCCCGGCAGACUGAGGGAGACAUCCCUGUGAGAGAUGUUGUGAUCGGGGAGGCUCGUGUUAAGGUGACAGUGUCACUCCAGAAGGAGGCAGCAACUAAGCCACUCCAGCCAGGCCAGAUGAUUAAGAUCACUUACAUCAAAGUGGAGAAAAUCCAAGCACAUGAAAAAAAACUGAUGUCGUCUGAUUACACAGUUGUUUCUAUACUAACAGAUGAGCCGGAAGAAGAAAGCCUCAUAAAGGUUGUGGGAUUUUCUACAGAAGACGACGAAUUAGUUCUUCUGACAGAGGAUCAGGAGGAGCUGAGUGUCGCCCACAGACUGUCCUCUGAAGAUGCUGACCAGCUACAAAGAAAACUGCCAGUAAAGCUGAAAAUAACCAGAAGGCACAAAGAGGUUAUAAAGUUUCUGACUGCUCCACCUUCUCUGGAUGGAAAUUUAAUUCAUCGUAUGAACAAGAGCAUCAGUCGUUCUUCAGACAGAGCUGUUCUGAAUGAUCCAGUUCCAGUAGUUUCGGCACAACCGCAAAGCACAGAUGAGCCUGAAGGAAGCACCGGAAAUAAUGAGGAAUCUGAUACUUCAGAGGAGACCAGUUUUCUUCCAGAGAAGCCGAGCCCCUCCCCCUCAACCUCUGGCAUGGAGAUGCAGAACGUCAAGGGUACAGCAGACCCUGUCAGUAACCAGAAGAGGCCAAGAGGCUACACAAGUGGAAAUACUUAAAUUCUGAAAUGUAAAUUUGUUGUGCACUGCUUAUGUCAACUUUCUUUUUUAAACCUUUAAAAACUUCUAUUCAAUCUUACUUACACUGUUUGUUUUCUUUACUUUAUAUCCAUGUUAAACAAUUAAAUCUUCCAUAUUUUACCAAAAAUAUCUUAAUAAAUGAUUACUAAAUAUGAAUUAAACACUUCAGUAUUUUCAUUCCUAAUCAGACAAAAGGCUUAACUGAAAAGAAUGUCAGUGUUAACUGAUUUGAAAUUAAAAGCUUUGAAUUAAAAUAUCUUAAUUUCCAUCGUUCCUCAUUUUG